AUGCCUUAUAUUUGUAACGUUUGCGGUGCGGCCCUUAGCCGCAAAUACGACCUCGAGCAUCGUCAUGCCAAGAUACAUACUGGCGAAGCUUACGAGCAUUUUUGUCCAUACCCGGAGUGUCCGCGCAGCACCCGCGGUUUCUCGCAGAAGGGUAACCUGAAUACCCAUAUCAAUUCCAAACAUGCGCAAGGUGCUGCGAGACGUUGGUACUAUUGUCGUCGUGCGGGAUGUACCGGGAAGUUCUUGGACGCUUCCGUUCGUAGUAGGCAUGAGAAGAACACGAGGGCGCACAACAACCCGUUUGUUCAUUGGUCUGGAGCGAGUCCGGCUGCUCACCCGACUCAGCCGAUUACUGGAGAUGUAAUGGCUCCGGGACAAGCUUCAGGACCAUCGAUUCAAGGCUACGGCUUAACUUGGUUGGGUAAUAUGCAACAGAACGUCAAUCUAGGAGAGACAACACAACCAGUCUCCUCCAAUCAAGUCCCCCAAGCCCCCUUGCCACCUUCUCAAGCUUUCCAGAUCCCGGUCUCCUCUACCGUUCCAAGCAGCUCUGCAGUAGACAACUUCAUGCCGGCCCCACAGCCAGGACUGGACUUCGACAGAAGAAGCUCUUCAACGACAACGUUCCAGUCGUCUACACCCUUCUCGACAUAUGGCCAAGAACAACCAUUGGAAGCUCAAGCGAUUGUAAAGCCUGAUCCCGAAGACCACACGUACCCUCAGACUCAGACUGGCACUAGUGCUAUCUAUGAAUCUUCUCAUACUGCGGGUUACAACGUCGAUGUUGAUGACAACCACUGGUUCCCUCCAAGCUCGAAUGCUGAAGCUGGGUCAUCCACUAGUGCUGCACGCCAGGACUUCCAAGAUCAAUUGCAAUCUUCGGGAGCAGGUCCAGGACCCAGCUCCUCCUCGAAUCCAAACUCACAUUUCUUUGGUUACCACCAAUGGGAUAAGUACUGAGGAACUUCCCGGAUGAAUAUUGACGAACUCUGGAUGGAUUGGAGGAUGUAGGCAUAAAUUGUUUCGUAUUCCAUGCAGAGCCGUAAUAUACCCAUAGACUUGUAUCUUCACUUUGUUUUUCAAU